AUGCGGUUCAGUGUUGUUUGGUUAUCGACAUUCUUCAAAUUAUCUUCUUUUGUGUUCAAGUCAGGUUUAGAGUGACAUGAGGGCGAAUAAACAAUUCAGGAAUUUUCAUUUUGGGUGAACAUUUCCUGUAUCUUAAUUAUUGUUGUUGUGCUCUAGCCAUGCCGUUUACUUUCGCUUUUAUGAUGAUGUUUCAGCAUUGUUUUAUUGGGUAAACCAAAAUGUAAAAACCUGUAUCGAUAAACUUUUCUUAGUCAAUAUUCUCCACAAGAUGGCAGUGCUUUCACUCUGACGUCAAUGGUUUGGUUUCAGACGACCCCCGUGCAUAAAAGUGAAAGCAGAAAAACAACAGCUCUUCCAGACAUUUUGCAAUCUAAACCACACACACCGAGAUCUUCAACACACACGUGUACUUCCUCUCAUUUACAUCACACUAAGAGUGUCUCACAUCUCUGUUAGAAAGUUCAAAACCUUGUGUUUGAUUUAAACAGACGCCAGUUUUCAGGAUUUGUGGAUUGUAUGGAGAUGUCUGGAUUUUUGUUUGUCACACUGGUCAGUGUUGGGGUCCUGCUGGGCUCAUCUGAGGCUCAAGAUGACUUCAGUAAACUUCCAGAUGAUUACAAGAAAGGAGUUGAACUGGCUGUCCAACAAAUCAACUCCCACGAAGGAAUCAAGAGCCAUUUUAUCUUCUUCAAAAGUCUGAGCAAAUCUGACAUUGAUGGUGGGUUUGCUGUGAAUUAUAUCUAUCAUCACUUCUAUCUUAAAGCCACUAAAUGCCCUAAAGGAACUUCAGAUGCAAAUCCAACUAAAUGUGCUUUUAGAAAUGACAGACCUCUGAUAGACUGUGGAAUCUGCUAUAAGAUGCAUAGGGGAGAGAUUCAGAAUGAACCGAAACCAUACGUGCACUGCGUUCACAAACCAAAGCUCACACAGGUCUUGAUGUCAGCACGAGUUGAACACUGCGGCAAAAUGAGCUACACCAAUGGAUCUCCAACUCUCCUAGCAGCGAGAAAGCCACAGUGAAGCACAAUAUAUCAUUUCACCUCUUAUUGUACUACUUUGACAGAAGUUCUAAUAAUAUUAAGAAUCUAUCACACUACAGAAUUCAAUUUGCACGGUUUAUUAUAAUGAUAAAUAGAAACAUUAUUAGCACCCGUGUGACUCUUGCUACUGUAUGCUACUGUAUACUGUAUUACAGUAUGUGUACCGAUGUCUGUCAUUUUAGUGAACUACAACCAAGAUUUUAUUGAACAUUAAAUCAAGAGUUGAAAAUGAGAUAACUGUUUUUUUAUUUUUUCAAAAAUCAUGUUUUUUAUAGUGUUAGUGAGCUGUAGUUUUGGAGUUAUUAUGGCUUAAAUCAAAACAAACCAACUGCAGCUUGAUUGAUAUGAAUUAGAAUGCACAAUAAAAAAACAUGAUUUUUUGAUCUAGAGAUCAAAUACAUUUUUUGAUUAUCUCCUUUGGGAACCAAACUCUUCAAAUGCACUCUGACAGUUCUGACUGGGAUUUGAUGAAAUCUUACAGUAAUAUGUAUUGUGUCAAUCUAAAUAAUUGUCAGAAAUAAGAUUGGAUGUGUAAAUCUUACAUUUACUUGCUUAGUAGGCUAUGCAUUGUCAUCAAGUCGAGACUAAAGUGAGAGCACUCCCCAACAGUGAAACAUAACUGUCCUGUUAUGAAUUAUAAUAAAACAUAGCAAUUUCCCAGUCUUUUCAAUACAGAUCUUAUGGGGGCUGAGACCUGGGGCCUCAUUUAUAAAACGUGCACGCACAGAUUUGAUCGUAAAGCGUGCGUAUGCAAAAAUGCACGGCAACAUUCAUAUUUAUAAAACUGGUCUUUAACGUGGAAAAGUGCUUGGCGCCAGGUCAGGGUCUGAUCAGACGUGCGCACUUUUGCUUGUCCGAGAGCUGCUGUUUUUUGGAAACAUAAGUAAUUCUUACCACAAUCUUUACACUUUGGUGAAACCAGAACUCCC